AUGAUGAAUAGAAUAUUAUUAUUUAUAUGCGUUAUAUUAUCUUACAUUAAUUUGAUAUAUAGUGCUACAUAUCAAUGUGAUCCAAAUAUUUCAUGUGGUUGUUCAGCAUCAAUCACUACUGUUACAUCACAAAACGUUGGUGGGGAAGUAGCAUCUGAUUAUGCAUGGAGCUGGAUUAUUUCUCUUCAACGAUCAGGCAACCAUACAUGUGCUGCAACUCUUUUAACAUCUGAAUAUGCUGUAACAGCUGCUAGUUGUGUAGAACAAGCUAUAGGUGAUAUAUCUGAACUAUCAAUUCUUGCUGGUACUAAUUAUUUACAUUAUGCAUCUAGUACGAUAAUUCAACAAAGAUCAAUCAUUCAAGUUGUUAUUCAUCCUGAUUAUGAUGCAUCCACUUCUACAAAUGAUAUUGCUAUUCUUAAAUUUUCUCCACUUGCAAUAUCAUCAGAUUCUAAAAUAGCUGUUAUUUGUUUACCAAAACAAGACGAAGAUCCAUUUCAAAUAGAUGCUGAUCUUGUACUUAUUGGAUGGGGUUAUAUAUCGGGAAGUGAUACUGUUCCAUCUAAUUCUCUUCAACAAGUAACAGUUCAAGCUUUUUCGUUAACAUCAAGUAAAUGUCAACAAUUACAAAUAGCCGAUUCAUCUGUACAAUUUUGUGCGGGAACUAUUAAUGGUGAUCAAGGUCUAUGUGGAGCUGAUAAUGGUAGUCCAUUAAUGACUUUUGUUAAUGAUAGAUGGGUAUUAGCAGGAAUAGCAACAAGCAAUUUGGGAUGUGGUAAAGCAGGAUAUCCAGGAGUAUUUACACGAGUGUCUUCUUUUAUUUCGUUUAUUAAUUCAAACAUCGAUUUUCCAGUGACACAAAUAACAACGUAUCCAAUAAGAAGAGCAGCAGCGGAUACAGUACAAACUACAACGACAGGUAUGGAAGGAAAUACAACAGCAGGCACAGGAGAUACAACAGCAGGCACAGGAAAUACAACAGCAGGCACAGGAAAUACAACAGCAGGCACAGGAAAUACAACAGCAGGCACAGGAGAUACAACAGCAGGCACAGGAAAUACAACAGCAGGCACAGGAAAUACAACAGCAGGCACAGGAGAUACAACAGCAGGUACGGGAGACACAACGGCAGGCAAAGGAGAUACAACAGAAGGCACGGGAGAUACAACAGCAGGCACAGAAGAUACAACAGCGGGCACAGGAGAUACAACAGCAGACACAGACGAUACAACAGCAAGUGAAACUCAACAAACAACGGUUUCAACACAACAAACAACAACGGUUUCAUCAGCGACAUCAACAACUCAACCUAAUAGUAGCCAAUCAAGUACUAAAAACAAUAAUGGAAAUAUGAUAAAUAAAUCAAUAACAGUUGUGAUGGUUUGGUUUUCAUUUUUAGCAUAUUUCUUUUUUUCUUUUUGA